AUGGAAAAUAAUGCUGAUUUGAAAGCUUUACCUGAUGAGAAUAAUGGUGAACAUAAAGUAGUAAAAAAAAAAAAUUUAAGUAGGCUUAUAGUAGAAGAGGCAACAAAUGAUGAUAACUCAGUAGUUGCUUUAAAUACAAAAAGAAUGGAAGAAUUAAAAUUUUUUAGAGGAGAUACAAUUUUAAUUAAAGGAAAAAAAAGGCAUUCAACUAUUUGUAUCAUUUUAAAUGAUAAUGAUUUAGAUGAGGGAAAGAUAAGAAUAAAUAAAGUUGCAAGAAAAAACUUGAGAGUAUGCUUAGGGGAUGUUGUUUAUGUGAAAUCUUGUCCGGAAAUUCCAUAUGGAAAGAAAAUUCAAGUAUUACCAAUAGAUGACACAAUAGAAGGAUUGGCAAAAGAUACUUUAUUUGAAAUAUUUUUAAAACCUUAUUUUAAUGAAUCAUAUAGGCCUGUUAAAAAAGGAGAUUUGUUUUUAGUAAGAGGAGGAUUUAUGUCUGUUGAAUUUAAAGUUGUUGAAGUGGAUCCUGAUGAUUAUUGUAUUGUUUCACCUGACACAGUCAUAUAUUAUGAAGGAGAUCCCAUAAAAAGAGAUGAUGAAGAAAAAUUAGAUGAAAUUGGUUAUGAUGACAUAGGAGGUUGUAAAAAGCAACUAGCUCAAAUUAGAGAAAUGAUUGAAUUGCCACUAAGACAUCCAGGCUUAUUUAAAACAUUAGGAGUUAAGCCUCCAAGAGGUGUAUUGCUAUAUGGGCCUCCAGGUAGCGGGAAAACCUGCAUAGCCAGAGCUGUAGCAAAUGAAACAGGAGCCUUUUUUUUUUUGAUAAACGGUCCAGAAGUUAUGAGUAAAAUGGCUGGAGAAGCUGAAGCCAAUUUAAGAAGAGCCUUUGAAGAAGCGGAAAAAAAUUCACCUGCCAUUAUAUUUAUUGAUGAAAUUGAUUCAAUUGCACCAAAAAGAGAAAAAACAAAUGGAGAAGUAGAAAGAAGAGUGGUUUCUCAAUUAUUAACGUUAAUGGAUGGUAUAAAAAGUAGAGGGCAAGUAGUUGUUAUUGCAGCAACAAAUAGACAAAAUUCAAUUGAUCCUGCCUUAAGAAGAUUCGGAAGAUUUGAUAGAGAAAUUGAUAUUGGAGUACCAGAUGAUAAUGGGAGAUUUGAAAUAUUAAGAAUACACACAAAAAAUAUGAAAUUAUCCCCUGAUGUGAAAUUAGAAGAAUUAGCUAGCAAUACGCAUGGUUUUGUUGGUGCUGAUUUAGCUCAGUUAUGUACUGAAGCUGCAUUAACGUGCAUACGUGAAAAAAUGGAUGUAAUUGAUUUAGAAGAUGAGAUUAUUGAUAAAGAAGUUUUGGAGAGUAUGUGUGUAACACAAGAUCACUUUAAUAUGGCAUUAGGAACGUGCAACCCCUCUUCAUUAAGAGAAACAGUUGUAGAAGUUCCUAAUGUUAAAUGGGAUGAUAUUGGUGGUUUAGAUGAAGUGAAAAAUACUUUAAGGGAAAUGAUAUUAUAUCCAAUUGAUCACCCUGAUAAAUUUGAAAAAUUUGGUAUGUCCCCAUCUAGGGGUGUUUUGUUUUAUGGACCUCCAGGCUGUGGAAAAACAUUGCUAGCUAAAGCAGUAGCCUCUGAAUGUUCAGCUAAUUUUGUCUCAAUUAAAGGCCCUGAAUUAUUAACAAUGUGGUUUGGAGAGUCUGAAGCUAAUGUUAGAGAAGUCUUUGAUAAGGCAAGAGCAGCUGCGCCUUGCGUUCUGUUUUUUGAUGAAUUAGAUUCUAUAGGAACACAAAGAGGAACAACUUUAGGAGAUGGCAGUGGUGCGGGAGAUCGUGUUAUGAAUCAGUUAUUAACAGAAAUAGAUGGAGUAGGUCCAAAAAAAAACCUUUUUUUUAUUGGUGCAACUAACAGACCUGAAUUAUUAGAUGAGGCUUUACUUAGACCAGGAAGAUUAGAUCAAUUAAUUUAUAUUCCAUUACCUGACUUAGCUGCAAGAAUUUCUAUAUUAAAUGCUAUAUUAAGAAAAUGUCCUGUUGCAGAUAAUGUUCCUAUUGAUUUCUUAGCACAAAAAACUGCAGGAUUUAGUGGUGCUGAUUUGGCUGAAUUGUGUCAAAGAGCAGCAAGAGCUGCUAUUAGAGAUGCCAUUGAUGCAGAAGAAAUGAAUAAAAAGUCAAAAUUACAAUUAAAUCCUAAUGAGAAUCAAAAUAAUGAAAACCAAAACCAAAAUAAUGAUGAAAAUACAAUAAAAUAUGAAAUUACUAGACAUCAUUUUAAAGAGGGAUUAGCUGGAGCAAGAAGAAGUGUUUCACAAGCAGAUUUAAUUAAAUAUGAUAAUUUCCGUUUAAAAUUUGAUCCCUUAUAUAAAACAAAGACUGGUGGAGCAAAUGAAGAUUUUAUAAUUGAUUGGCCAGAUGAUGAUAAUAAUGAAGAACCUCAAGAUUAUAAUGUUGAUGAUGACUUAUAUUCUUAA